CCUAACCUCGAACGAAAACGACAAAAUUCAUUUCUCCGUUCAUCAAUCGCCUUGAAUUCUCUCGUCAUCAAUCCAUUUGAACCGAUGAUUUCGAGGGAUCAUCAUCAUCAUCAUCAUCCGGAUCCUUUGGGUACAUCAUCCAAAUCAUUCCACAUGAAAGCCUCCGCCGUCGCACCGUCGCCGGCCUCAGUUCAAUUGUCUCAAUCGGCGUGGCUGGAGGUUCGUCUGUUCUACGUCCGCAUCGCCCCCUGCGUGGUUGAGAACGUCCCCGACUCCCUCACCCUCCGCCACCCUCGCCGCGAAACCGGCGCUUCUCUCGAGGUCAACGGCGUCCGCGUUCCUCCCCUGCAGACGGCGUCUCUAAAACUCCGACGCGACAGAGUGGACCGGGAAUCGUCGGAGGUGACUUACGUCAGCACGGAGGCGGUGCGCGUGACGGGGUGCGUCGAUUUCGAGGUGUACGAUAAGGAGGAAAUGGUACUGUGCGGGAACCUAGAUAGAAUCGAAGGCGCGUGGAGUAAUAACGGAACGGUGAGCGAUGCCAAGACUGGGUGGGGCAUGGAUUGUUACGUGGCUAUGAGAAACGGUUCGGGCUCUUCCUCCUCCUCUGCGUUUUUCAGGCCGAAGCUAGGCGUCUCGUCUCCCUCCGUGGAGGUUUACAUAGCUGGUUGCUGUGGCGGUGUUCCGGUCAUCUUGACUAAGACCAUUCAGGCGAGUCCGAGGAGGAAGGUGGCCAGGCACGUGACGCUCGACGCUAUCCCGGAGGACGAGGAGGUUGACAAGGAGCAAGGCGUUGUUACCACUGGGGAUGAUGAAUUCCCCCGCCAACAGAAAGUACAGAUGAUGGAGUCAGAAGUUGAUGAUGAGUCUGAAAUGAAGAUGAGGUACUACCCUGAAGGGAUGUACGUGGAUGAGGAUGGUCAACUCUCCUGGUUCAAUGCAGGUGUCAGAGUUGGAGUUGGGAUAGGCCUUGGGAUGUGCCUUGGCGUUGGCAUUGGAGUUGGAUUGCUCAUGCGCUCAUAUCAUGCUACUACUAGUAACCUUCGUAGGAGGUUCUUCUGAUCAUCAUCACCCCACCAUCUACCUGAGGCAUGUCGAGAUGUUAUAGAAAGAAAGAAGCGGAGAUAGAAUUUUGGUAGAUAGCUGUAUAGACUUCUUUUUCGUUUUUUCAUCGCUUAUAGUCGGCUUUGUUCAUAUAACACCAGUGCACAAGUGAGUGAGUGUUCCCGUCUUGCAAAAUGCUUUUGUUUUUAUUCAAAUAUUUGUUGCUUCGUGUUGUUGUCGCUGCUACACUCUGGAGCUUGUGUUUUCUUCCUGGUCAAGAAGAAAUAAUACGACAUAGGAAGUGUACAUGUUUCACUUGUGUAGUUGGUUUUGGCAUUGUAAACGUCAUAAGCUGAUGUAUAUACUGUUAACUUGGAACGGCGUCGUAUUACGGCGAGCACCAGCAUGUAGAUUCGGACCAAAUAGUACUAAUGCUGU